AUGAUGUCCCAAAGAUUUUCUUCUCUCUUUAUUGGGUUUCUAAUAUUUCAUAUACUGUUGUUUGUUGUUUUUGGCGCACAACCGGGUGUUGAUACGACUGAUAGAGAUGAUGAGAAACAAGUUGGAAAGGAUACGAGAAAGGAUAUUACUAUUAGCAAGGAUACACAACAUGUUGGGAAGGAUAUGCAUGGUAGGUUGAGAGAGAUAAUGUAAAUGUAGUAGAAAAUAAAGAAAAAAUCAGAAAUUAAACUUGAAAUAAAAUCAGAAAUUAAACUUGAAAUAAAAUCAGAAAUUAAACUUGAAAUCAGAAAUAAACUUGAAAUAAAAUCAGAAUUAAACUUGAA